CAAAAAUGGCCAGCAAACUGAAGUCGGGCUUGAAUUUUAUCGCAUGCGUGUCGAAUUCAAUGUGCUACAAAACAACGCUUAUGUACGACGGUGUUGGAUCCGUUCAGUAUCAGCUGUGAAACAAUAGUCGCGACUGCAUGGCGAUGCGAUACGAUACAAAGCAUAUUCUUUACGAUAUAUGUUCUUUUCGCAUACAGCAAAUGGUUUGCUAGUAGAGUGCAUCGAAUUUGAAUUGAACACUCAAUUUCCGCACUGAUAUUACAAACGCGAAGAAUGAGGGAAAAGGCGAUCGUAUUGUCAUUGUUCACUGAUACGAAAUGUGUCUACAAAUGGCGAUAAGUUACCGCCGACAACAUCAUGAGCAACAACAAACAAACAAAUGGAGAUAGAAAAGAAAAACCGAAUGGGUUAAAGGCAUACAGGGAACUGUUUUCUUGGCGGUAGUGAAAUGCUCCUCUUUGGAUAUUAUAGAUGCUGCAUGUGUCGUACGUUGGUCUUGAAGUAAACAAUUGAAAACGUUUUAUUGUUGUUAUUCUGCGUGCAGAAUCACAGCCAAUGAUUGUUACAUACGAAUGCAAUUUAAAAUACCGAUAAAACAAUACGAUACAGUUCGUGAGAACACGAAUCGAAAAUGAAACAAAAAAAUAAAAGGCAAAACUCUUGUUGCGACACGAUCAUCAACAGAAGCGGGACACAGUUUUUUGUUGUCCCACAAAAACGGGACGGCGCGUUCAGUUCACGCCACGAAAUGAGUGCGCAAGGCUUUCCGCAGAAACGCUGAAAGAAGCGAAAGAAUAUUAAAAACAGCAACAAUAAAAUCUCUAUAUUGUUUCAUCAGCCAAACAGAAUAUGAGACAUACAAUACAAGACGCAAAGCGCAUUAAGACCAGACGCGUGUAAAAAACACACAGGAAGCAAUAGCACCAGCAAAGAGCCGCCGCAAUAAACACAAGAUGAUGACAGCAAAAUCGUUCAGUUGCGAUUCAACUGCUAUCCUGAACAGAGGCCGUGAUCAUACAUGAAAUCAACAUUUCACAAAUAUAUAUCACACGUAUUCAAGUUCGUUACACAUCUUGAAAGAAUUGAGUCGUGGGAAACAACGGUGUAGCGGUGAUCGAAUAUAAGGUCAAUUAAGUCUCUUCUAAACUUAAACAGUUCUUUUAUUUCAAAGAGUGCGUAGGAAACGAAAGUUCAGUUAACUUUGUCUUGCAUAUAUUGAUGGUGCCGCAUCCGUUUUGACCUGUAGAAUGUGAAUCAGUCGAUAAUUUAAUCAGUGUCCAGAGCAACGCGAAUCCAACGAUCGAAACGAAAAAAUAAAUCAGAUAGUGUUCAUGCUAUUGCUACCGCAAUAGGAAGCUGAAAACACUAUAAUUGGAACAUUUCUGGUCAAAUGUGAAUGAUGGGUUUCCGAAACAUACAAAUAGUUUGUUUUCUAUUCCUGAUGUUUUUGGGAACUCAAAUCAAUGGCGAGCGGCCGAUGUAUGUUCUUUGUCCUCCCGCAUUUAUUCCUGUUGGCAAUAUAUGUUAUUUUAUAUCGAAAGAACGUGUAAAUUGGCUCGAUGCUCAUUUCGAGUGCAAAGAGAGGAAUAGCCGUUUGGCGGAACCAUCAAGAAAGGAAGACCGUUUACUUCGAAAGCAUUUGAAUAAAUUGAGUGGCUUGAAUCUAGGCGAAAUGUGGAUUGGAGCACGAUUCAAUUGGGAACGAAAUAAAUGGCAAUGGGGAUAUAAUGGAGAUGAUUUAACAUAUCAAUCGUUUAGUCAAAUGUCGGCGGAUAACAAAGAUUUAAAGUUCCAUUGUGCCAUUCUGAAACCAAAGCUAAAAUAUAGAUGGUCGGCGAGUUCGUGUGAGCAACAGCUUCAAUUCUUAUGCCAGCACAAGGUUAAGUUUGCAAAUGAGAAAAAACGGAAGGAGAUACAUAACAAAUGGAACGAAACUUAUCCUAAUCAAAUGGCCAAUGAAGUUCUGCAUGUGGUGUCCCAAAAUGAUUUGUUUAUGUUUAAGAGCAGGAGACAUGGGCUUAAUUCACGAUCAAACAGUCGGCAGACCAAAGAUGAACUAAAUCAUCGACAAAAAAAUGGUAUCAAUCCUAAAGACUUUGCAUAUCAGAAGCCAAAUCGAAAAACGCCGAAGAGUCGAAGUAAUAGGAAAUUCGAUUUGAACCGUUAUCGAGCACAGGGUAUUCGUCAAACCAUUCAUUUCAAUAGCACUUGGCAGCAGAAUAAUUAUAACCGCCAAUGGCGUCAAAAACAAAGAAUGAACUUACCUACAACCAGGGAAUCCACUUCUACAAUUUUGCCAAACACAACGAUGACGACAACAACAAGGACAACGACAACGAUAUCAAAUGAUGUAAAUCAUCACGAUGGACGAUAUACAGCAAAUUACAAUCACAAAAAACUAAAACCGGAGUAUGAACAUAAAUCUAAUUCGAAUAUACUCAACACAACAACAUACCACACCGGACAAAGCAAACAAACCGAUCAAACUGAAGUUGUCAGACAACGUACGGAACAAGCAACAAAUCAAUUGGCUAUUCAAACCAAUGAAAUAUUGGAUAAUGUAUUAACAACGCUUAGUCCAAAAGAAGUGAAAAAACGAAAACUAAAAAGUCUUCGCAAUCAACUUAGCAAAUUAAGUCCUGAGGCCCAAGAGUUAUUUUUCAAAAGGCGAGCGGAACGUAAUAAAAAACGUGGCAUUGCUGAAUAAAACAUAACAGAUCCAUUUAGAAAAAAUUAAACAAACAAAAACUAUCAUAGUAUUAAUGUUUUUAUGAAAUCAUUUCAGUUUUAUUCUCAUGAAAUACAAAAAAUACAGAGAAUAUGAAUCAAAUAUAUUUCGGUAAGAAAAAAUGAAUAAAAUAAAAAGAUGUGUGCAACAAAAAA